AUGCGAUCUCGAUUAAAUUUAUUUAUUUAUUUUUUAAUAUUAUUAUCUCAGGUUCUAUUAGUAGCAUUUAAAGAAGCAUGUGUUUCACCCACUCCUAGUAAAAUUAUCAUUCCCAAAGGGCAAUAUGCUUUAGGUCGAGUGGUGUUGGCCGGUCCUUGUAAGGCUCCCAUUGAGUUCCAACUGAAAGGCACAUUAUUGGCCUCUCAAGACACCUCAAGAUUCAAGGGAUUUGACAAUUGGGUUAAUUUCCAAUACAUCGAAAAUUUUACUUUACAAGGUGGUGGAACUUUUAAUGCUCAGGGUUCCUCAGCAUGGGCUAUCAAUAACUGUCACAAAAAAUAUCAAUGCGGAAAACUUCCCAUUAGUAUAAGGUUCGAUUUCAUUACUAAUGGAUUAGUGAAGGACAUAACAUCUUUGGAUAGUAAAAACUUCCACAUCAAUGUUGGUUGCAAAAACAUUACUUUCUCCCAUAUGAAACUUAUUGCACCUGAUGAAAGCCCUAAUACAGAUGGAAUUCACACGGGACGAUCUGAUGGUAUUGUAAUUGAGGAUGUCAUCAUUGAAACUGGUGAUGAUUGUAUCUCAAUUGGCGAUGGCACCAAAAACUUAAAAGUCUCAAAAGUAUCUUGUGGGCCUGGUCAUGGGAUCAGCAUUGGCAGUUUAGGACGUGUUCAAGAACAACCAGUGGAUAAUAUUAGAGUAUGGAAUUGCACUAUUAAAGGCACAAAUAAUGGAAUUAGAAUCAAGAGUUGGCCUUCAGCUCCUGGCAGAACAACAGUAUCCAAUGUGCACUUCGAUGACAUUAUCAUGGAUAACGUCAGCUUUCCUAUUCUCAUUGAUCAAGAGUAUUGUUCACACAAUUUGUGCAAUCGCAAGAAUCCUUCAAAUGUUAAAAUAACAAAUACUAUUUUCAAGAACAUCCGAGGAACAUCAGCAACACAGGUGGUCACCAAACUUGCAUGCAGUAGCGGAGCACCUUGUGAGGGAGUUGAGCUUGGUAACAUUCACCUCACUUACAAAGGAAGGUUCAACGGUCCUUCCAUGUUCAAAUGUGAUAAUGUCAAGCCUAAAAUUACUGGCAAACAGAUCCCUGUUGCUUGUAGUACACCCAUGGCUACUAAGACCUUGGACUCCUCCUAA